CUAAAGCCUUCUACAGUGAACAGAGAAUCUAGAGAGAGCUGUCCGAAUUGGACGUGAACUUAAAAAAUUCUCGUCCUUUUCGUGAAUUUACCAUUACUUUUUACUGACCCCCCCCAAAAGUCAAGAAAAUCCCUAAAAAACCAAAACCAAAACACAGAGACUCACACACAACUCAACAAAAAAAAAAAAACAAAACACAACCCAACCAAACAGGACCUAUCGUCAAAUCAAAGCGACCGAUCUCCGAUCGCUCUUCAAAUUCAAAGUCCAGAUGAGUGUGGUAUUCGAAGGGUACGAGCGCCAGUACUGUGAGCUCUCUGCAAAUCUCUCCAGAAAAUGUAGCUCCACUGCUCUUCUUCCUCAUGGAGAGCAGAAGCAACAGAAGGUUUCUGAGAUUAAAGCUGCAUUGGAUGAUGCUGAUGUUUUGAUUCGGAAAAUGGACCUCGAGGCAAGAAGUCUGCAACCAAGUGCAAAGGCUAUGAUGCUUGCUAAGUUAAGGGAAUAUAAAUCUGAUCUAAACAAGUUGAAAAGGGAAUUUAAAAAAAUCUCAUCACCUAAUGCUGAUCAGGCUUCCCGUGAAGAGUUGUUGGAGUCUGGAAUGGCAGAUGUGCAUACGGCUUCUACUGAUCAGAGAGAGAGAAUGGUAAUGUCAGUAGAAAGAUUGAAUCAGUCAAGUGAUAGAAUUAAGGAGAGUAGAAGAACCAUACUGGAGACAGAAGAGCUUGGUGUCUCAAUCCUCCAGGAUCUGCAUCAACAGCGUGAGACUCUCCUACAUUCUCAUCAAAAGCUUCAUGGGGUAGAUGAUGCCAUCGACAAGAGUAAAAAAGUUUUAACUGCCAUGUCACGUAGGAUGUCAAAGAACAAAUGGAUGAUUGGAUCAGUAAUUGGAGCUCUUGUUAUUGCUGUCAUCUUCAUUCUAUUUUAUAAGUUUUCUCAUCGUUAACUUAUACUUGACUUUGUUUGGGGUACAGAUGAUGUUCUCCAUUGCCAUAUUUGCUUGUUGUAUAUAGCAUCAUUAAAUGUGUUUUAUACAUAUGCUUGGUAUAAUUAGCAAUUAUAUCAUACUUAGUGUGCUUACCUUCUCUUAGCAUUCUGUUUAUGGUACAUAAACAUUGAAUAAGUGCUCCAUGCUCAACAAUUGGACAUUUCUUGUAUGUACUUAAAAGUGUACUAUAAAGCACUGAUGUUAGGGGCCAAAGUCUUGUGUAGGCAUCCUGUAACUGAACAAGUGAACAAAACAUCUGUAUUUUACUAUUUUUACCGUUCUGCUGUUUCAUGUGUUUUUGAGUU